AUGAGUGAUAGCGAAGACGUGGCGCUCUCAGAGCUCUCAUCGAGAAAUGGAAUUAAAAAGGAAGAUGAAGAGAUGCCAUUGGCUCAGUUGAACGGGAAUGGGAAUGCCAAACUGCGUAAGCGGAAGCACUCAGAAAAGAGUAAAGACGAUCACAAAGACAAGAAGAGGAAAAAGGAAAAGAAGCUGUCGAAGGAAAAAGUCAACAACAAGGUGAAGGACGAAUCAAUAUCUGCUCCCGUGACGCCAAAGAAGACGCCCAAAAUUUCCAAGACACCUGUGUCUGCUACCUCAUCUCCCGCACCCAAGAAGGAAGACUCUGUAGAGACAGACGAAGGGUACAAGUGGUGGGAGGAUGAGAACUUUGGCGAGGGUGACGAGAGAUGGCAGACUCUUGAGCACAACGGUGUUCUAUUUCCGCCUCCUUACGAGCCUCUACCCAGCUACGUGAAGUUAUACUACGAAGGAAAGCCAGUCGACUUGCCUCCACUUGCGGAGGAAGUGGCAGGAUAUUUUGCCGCUAUGAUCGAAACUGACCAUGCUAAGAAUCCAGUGUUCCAACAGAACUUCUUCAACGAUUUCCUUCAGGUUUUGAAAGAAGGCGGUGGGUACAAUGUAGACAUCAAAGAGUUCAGCAAAUGCGACUUCUCAAAGAUGGCUGCGUUUUUCGAGAAACAACGAGAGGAGAAGAAGAGCAUGAGCAAAGCUGAAAAACAACGAAUCAAGGAAGAGAAGGAGAAACUAGAAGAGCCAUUCAAGACUUGUCUCAUGGAUGGACGUAGAGAGAACGUUGGUAACUUCAGAGUUGAGCCUCCUGGCCUCUUCCGUGGUCGUGGUGCACACCCAAAGACAGGUAAAUUCAAAAGGAGAGUUUUUCCUGAAGACAUCACGCUCAAUUUGGGAGAAGGUGCACCAAUCCCCCCUCCCCCAGAGGGCCACCAAUGGGGUGGCAUCAGACACGAUAAAACAGUGGUGUGGUUGGCCAUGUGGCGUGAAAACAUUUCAGACACUUUUAAGUACGUUAAGUUGGCUGCAAACUCCUCCAUCAAAGGUAUCUCCGAUAUGAAAAAGUUCGAAACUGCCAGGAAGCUCAAGGAUCACAUUGAGAGAAUCAGAGCUGACUACCAAAAGAUGUUGAAGGAUCAGUUUAUGCAAAAUAGACAGAUUGCAACAGCAACCUACUUGAUUGAUAUUUUUGCGCUAAGAGCAGGCGGAGAAAAAGGUGAAGACGAAGCCGACACUGUCGGUUGUUGUUCACUCAGGUACGAGCAUGUCACACUCAAACCACCUAACAAGGUGAUUUUUGAUUUCCUUGGUAAAGACUCCAUCAGAUUUUACCAGGAAGUGGAAGUGGAUCGUCAGGUCUUCAAGAAUUUGCGAAUUUUUAAGAAGGAGCCUAAGGGUCCCGGCGACGAUUUGUUCGAUCGUAUCACACCAACUAUAUUGAACAAGCACUUGCAGAACUACAUGAAGGGUCUUACCGCCAAGGUGUUCCGUACAUAUAAUGCCUCGAAAACCAUGCAAGAUCAAAUGGACUUGAUCUCAAACGAAGGUACAGUGGCUGAAAAAGUCGUUAAAUACAAUGCGGCAAACAGAACCGUGGCUAUCUUGUGUAAUCACCAGCGUACGGUAAGCAAGAACCACGAACAAGCAGUGAAGCGCAUCAACGACAAGAUCAGGGAGCUAGAGUGGCAGAAAAUUAGACUCAAGAAGAUGAUCUUGGAUAUUGAUGAGACUGAAAAGAAAGAUAAUCCCAAAUAUUUCGAGGAGCUUGACGAUCUAACGAACGAUGAGAUGAAUGUCAUAGUUGAGCGUGUCAUCGAAAGACAAAAAGACCAGGCUGAAAAGAAGUGGAACAGAGACAACGAAAAGCGCAAGAUGGAGAAGGAGGAAUUGCUCACCAAAGCGGACUUGCAGGAAAAGCUUGAUAAGAUUGAGGAGACCAGGAAGGAUUACCUAGAAGAGAUCAAGACUGGCGUUGUGAGAGCCACCAAGGGCUCUUCAGUCUCAUCGUUGAAGAGCAAAGUUGAGACAGUGGAGAACAGAAUUGUGAAUACUAGCUACCAGCUCAAAGACAAAGAGGACAACUCAGAGGUCUCUUUGGGUACUUCGAAGAUGAACUAUAUUGACCCACGUUUGACCGUGGUAUUUGCGAAGAAGUUUAAUGUUCCAAUUGAGAAGCUUUUCACGAAAACACUCCGAGACAAGUUUAACUGGGCCAUUGAGUCCACCGACGAGAAUUGGCGGUUCUAA